AUCAUGAAAGGUCCUUUCACUCACUAGGAAGUAGCAUCUCCUGAGGAGUCUUCUCUAUGGAGAAUGGGCCCUUCUGUGAUAGGACUUGGACUUUGCAGUAGUUGUCUGAAAGGAAGGCUGAAUGCUCUACCCAAGCGUUGGCCAUGGGUUUUAAGUCAUGGCAUCACAAGAGCCAUAUACAGUGAGACCGGACAGUGGGAGAAAGGAUAUGGAUUGGAAACUAGAAGAAAGGUGGAAACAUUUUGGCAGCACAAGAUAAAAGACAAUUUUACCACAAUCAAUGAAUUAGAUAAUUCAAAACCAAAGUAUUAUGUCUUGUCAAUGUUUCCAUAUCCAUCUGGGAAACUGCACAUGGGGCACGUUCGGGUUUACACACUGAGCGAUACAGUAGCCCGCUUUCAGAAGAUGCGAGGCAUGCAGGUCAUUAAUCCAAUGGGCUGGGAUGCAUUUGGACUGCCAGCUGAAAAUGCCGCUAUAGAGCGAGGUCUGAAUCCGGACACCUGGACCAAAAGCAAUAUUGAACACAUGCGGCAGCAGUUAGACAGAAUUGGCCUAUCAUUCAGCUGGGAUAGGGAAAUCAGCACUUGUUCUCCAGAGUAUUAUAAAUGGACACAAUAUUUGUUUGUGAAGAUGUUUGAAGCUGGACUCGUUUAUCAGAAAGAGGCCUUGGUUAAUUGGGAUCCUGUAGAUCAGACCGUGCUUGCUAAUGAGCAGGUGGAUGAAAGUGGAUGCUCUUGGCGCUCGGGAGCAAAAGUGGAGCAAAAGUAUUUAAAACAGUGGUUCCUUAAAACAACAGUGCAUGCAAAGGCAAUGCAUGAGGCUUUAGCAGAUCUCCCUGAAUGGUACGGGGUUAAAAGCAUGCAGGCCAACUGGAUUGGCGAGUGCACCGGCUGCUUUUUUGACUACAUGUUAAAGGUGGACAAUGGUGAAACUGGAGAAAAGAUUUCUGCCUAUGCCUUUAACCCCGAGGCUAUUUAUGGUGCAUCUCAUAUUGCUAUAUUACCAAACCACAGAUUACUGCAUGGGGACAGCAAGGUUAAAGGGGCCCUCCAAGAAGCAUUUACAGCAGGCAAAGAUUGUCUCACUCGCGUGUCAGCUGUAAAUCUGUUCACUAAACAAGAGGUCCCACUUAUCAUCUCUGCAAAAUGUGAGUUCGAGGGAUACCUCGACUGUAAAAUUGGAAUACCGAGUACAAAUCUGGAAGAUGCCACUUUAGCGGAUACAUUGGGUAUUUCUUAUGCCAGGGUUCUAGAAACACUUGAAGAUGGUACAGAGAGAAUAACAAAUUCAGCAAAGUUUACAGGACUGCCAAGAAAUUCUGCCUUCCACGCCAUAACCAAGCAAGCUCAAGACGAAGGGAUUGGAGGUCAUCUGACCAGUUCCAAACUGAGAGAUUGGCUGAUAUCAAGGCAGCGUUAUUGGGGUACUCCUAUACCCAUUAUCCACUGUUCAUCCUGUGGCACAGUCCCUGUGCCUUAUGAUGACCUACCAGUUGUCUUGCCUACAGUGUCUAACUUUACAGGGAAGGGGUCAUCUCCCUUAUCAACUGUUUCAGACUGGAUAAACUGCAAAUGUCCAAGGUGUGCCGGAGCAGCCAUGAGAGAGACAGAUACAAUGGAUACUUUUGUUGACUCUGCUUGGUAUUAUUUGAAAUACACAGAUCCUCAGAAUUCUAAAAGGCCGUUUGACAAAUCUUUAGCUGACUUCUGGAUGCCUGUUGAUCUGUACAUUGGAGGAAAGGAGCACGCUGUGAUGCACUUGUACUAUGCCCGGUUUUUUAACCACUUCUGCCAGUCCCAGGGCAUGGUGAAACACAGGGAACCAUUCCAAAAGCUUUUAGUUCAAGGCCUCAUUAAAGGACACACAUUUAGGCUUGCUUCAUCUGGGAGAUACUUAGCUAGAGAUGAGGUGGACGUCAGUGGCAGUGAACCAGUUCAUGCAAAGACUGGAGAAAAACUUCAAGUAACCUGGGAAAAGAUGAGUAAAUCCAAGCACAAUGGAGUGGAUCCGGAGGAAAUGGUGGAGAAAUAUGGCAUUGACACCACUCGUCUGUACUUGUUAUUUGCUGCUCCUCCAGAGCAAGACAUAUUGUGGGAUAUGAAAACUGAUGCAAUACCUGGUGUCCAGAGGUGGCAGUCUCGUGUGUGGGCAUUAACUAGCAAGUUUAUUGAAGCUCGAAACUCCCCAGUGAAACCGAAUCCUCAAAUCCUGCGUAAGAACGAAACAGUAGAAACUCAAAAAAUCUGGCAACACCGGAAUCUUACUGUGUCUGAGGUAACCAGCUACUUCACUGAGGAUUUCGUUUUCAAUGCAGCUAUUUCCCAGUUAAUGAGUCUAAGCAACAUACUCUCGCAAUCAUCUGCACAAGUUGUUCAGCACAGCAGAGAGUUUGAAGAUGCACUAGCAAGCCUCAUCAUUAUGAUUUCACCCAUGGCCCCACAUUUGGCAUCCGAGUUAUGGAAAGGCAUGGGACAUGUGACUCAUAAACUUUGCACGCAAUAUAACUGGAGCAAAGAUGUCCUCUUGCAGACCUGGCCUACACUUGACCCAGAAUACCUUAGUCAACCUGACACAGUAGAAGUCUCAGUACUGAUUAAUAACAAAAAUUGUGGCUCAGUCAGUGUACCAUACACAGUAUCCCAAGACGCUGAGAAGGUGCAAGACCUUGUUAUGCAGAGUGAGCUUGGCACAAACUAUCUUCAAGGCCGGACUAUUAAAAGGGUGAUUCUCUCUCCACGGACAGCUCUUGUUAACUUCCUUGUGCAAGAAUGAAGAUUAAAGCCAGUCACACACUGUAAGCAUGGUAUAUGCACUGAUCCAACGUUACACUUAACAUUUGCUUACUCAGCCGUUAGGUGGUCAUAUUUAUAUGGUACAAAAAGAAAAAUACUCUUUACAGAUGCCACUAUCAUGGGACUCCACAGCUGGAAUGAUAGACAGCAACACUGUACAUUUAAAUUAAAGAUAUGAGAACUCCAUUAUUGUUUGCCCUCACAAUGGAGUAUUCGUUUACAUGAAAUGAUUGUAUCUGGUGAAACGCUGGUCCACCUCUGUUCAAUACCUCUACCAAUUGUAUGUAAAGGUACAUGACGUGAUGACUUGGCUUUCUUUGUAAGUACCUGCAUUUUGUCUCAUUGUCCUGACAUCAUAUGAAUGAUCUUCUGAACUUUUUUUUACAGUGUCAUUAAUAAUGUAGCAAUUUUAUUCUAUGCAGUUAUAGAUACAUGGUUGAAGAUAAAGUGAGUGAGCACCAUGAAUAUGUAUUAGGUUAUUCUUAGAUCAUAUUGUAGCUUCUUGUUAAAAACUGAAGCGAAAUGGAAGCUUUAAGCCUGUUUCACACUGC